AGCUGCAGCGACGCUCCUGCCCGCAGGUCGGAGGGUCGCCGGGGCCGGGCGCCAUGUUUGCCGUGCAGCGGAACGCAGUCAUCGGCUUCAACCUCUACUGCGGCGGCGGCCCGGCCCUGGCGCCUGCUUCCCCAGGGGGCCCGGACCCGCCGCCGCCUGCCGCGGAGGAGCUGGACGGCUGCGAGCCCGAGCUCGAGCGCGGCCCCGGCGGGGACUCGCUGCCCGGCACCCCGCCCGGGCCGCCCGACGGGCUGCGGCAGGACUCGCUGGAGCUGAUCAGCCGCUACCUGCGGGAGGCCGCGGGCGAGUCCCAGCCUCCCACCAAGAAAUUGUUCCCGGGCCUGCUGGGUGGGCCUGGCCGGCCCGGCGGUUCGGGCGAUGCCGUGAUGGAGAAGGCGCUGGAGACGCUGCGGAGGGUCGGCGACGGCGUCAUGCAGAAACACGAGCUCGCCUUCCAGGGAAUGCUGCGGAAGCUGAAAAUCCAGAAAGAGGAAGAUCUGCAGUCAGUGUGUGAAGUGGCUGCCCACGUAUUCAGUGAUGGAGUAACAAAUUGGGGUCGAGUGGUGACACUCAUCUCCUUUGGUGCCUUUGUUGCAAAACACCUGAAAAGCAUAAACCAGGAGAAGUGCAUCAGCUCGCUGGCAGGGAUCAUCACGGAUGCGCUUGUCUCGUCUAAACGCGAGUGGCUGAUGAGCCAGGGAGGCUGGGAGGGCUUUGUUGACUUCUUUCGAGUCGAGGACCUGGAAGGCAGCAUCAGAAAUGUACUGAUGGCGUUUGCAGGUGUGGCUGGACUGGGAGCAAGCUUGGCCUACAUGAUCCGAUGAGCCAGGGUGUGCUGCCGAGGGACAAAACUCUGGGCGGACUGGCUCUGUUUGGGCUGGUGAGCUGAUCACUUCUUCCUGUGAGUUCUUAUGAAGCUGGACUUGAGUGACCCAAGGAGAAUAUCCAGGCAUCCCCUGAGUAAUCCUUUCCUAAGAAGGAAGGUGUGAUCCUCAUCCUACUGAUGAGGAUUUAUUGCUUUGGGAACAGAAUGUGGAAGAAUUGAUAUUCUACUUCCUUCAAGAGGGUGAUGACAGAGAGCUCAAGUGGACUGCUUCAGUUCUAUGCUGGAGGGAACCGAUCUGCUUAGCAGGAAGCCAAGUGAGCACCAGCGGCGCUUGUCUGGACUGAAGCCUCCUGGGCUUGGCACAGCAGCUGUUCAUGGAGCAGAUGUUUCAGGGUUGUGAUUGUGGGGUUCUGGAAAUAGCAGCUUGUGCUGCUGGUGUCCUGCCUAAGCUUGUGUCUUUCCUGUUGGAGCAGAAGCAUUGAAUGCUGGGGUUGUAUGAGCCUCUGCCUGCCCCCAGGUGUGCAGGCAAGCAGGCCUUCGGCCACUGCUGGCCCUGCACGCAUCCCCCCUCCAGAAGCAGUAGAGCCAUGCUAGCAUCUGAGAUGUGUGCCCUGCUGCCAGAAUGUGAGUGCUGGAGACCUCAUGGUCCCUUCUUCCCCACAGCAAGGCUUCAGCCUGGUCACUGAGCAGGCAGAGGAGAGGCUGGGGCUCAGGGUGGUGACAACAGCCAGCUGCGGCGCAGCUGCAUGGGCCUGUCUGGCUGAGCUCAGCGACACCGAUGCGACUCGCCACACACAGGCAGUUUAAAAAUAGGCAGUGUGUUUGUAAGUAUGUAAAACCCCACAUGGGGUGGGGAGGCUAUAGGGAACUUGUAAAUAUCUAUAAAUCUGUAGAAUAUGUACAUUUUUACAGAGAUAAUGAUACAAAAAGGAGGAAUUUUGAAUGUGGUAGAACUGCUUGUUGGUGCACUCUACUUCAUUCCUCAUGUGAAGUAGCAUUUUUGUGGCGAAGCCUUCUCCUGCCUUGACUCCAAACGAGCCUUUCUCUGAUGUACUUGAGCAACAUUGCCAGGGAGUGUAACAAGGAUCAGUGGCCUGGUGGACUCUUAUUGUGCCCAUGGCUUGCUGGCAACAGUUGAUGUUUCUACUUAUUUUAAUCUUUUUGGUUAUUCUAGCCCUUGUAGUGGGUGGGGAGCUGUGGAAGUUGGUAUCAGUCACUUCCUUGUCUUCCCUUCAUUUUGAUCCUCUAAGCUGCGAGUUGAACGAAGCUGAUGUUUGAAUGUAAUUGUUCUGGAGCAGAAUAAAACUCACUGGCUCAGAUCUCUAGCUUGUGCAAGUCCAUCAGUGCCAGCCCUGGUCUUGGUCCCUGGUCUCCAGCUGGUGGUGUUGCUUCUCGGUGGGCUUCCAGUGCUUGUCUGCCUUAGUGCCCUCUGACUGUGGACUGGUUGGUUCUUGGGGAGCUCCACUGUGUGGAGCACAGUGAGGAACAUUCUCGUCCACGGUGCUUGACCUGCAACCUGAAUGACGCCUGAUGGAAACCCAAGUGGAGAGCUGAAAGAUGGUGCUAUUAUCAGGCCUGCUUGUUUGCUCAACAAGCGCUUAGUCAAUAAAUGUCUCUUGUUCUCAA